CGAAGAAAAUCGCCGACACGCCGGAAUCAUGGUGCGCAGGUUAGCGAAUGACCAUCGGGCCCGUACACGUCGGGGCGCAUAGAGCCCGGAAUGGUGGUGGUCGACCGCCUGUUACGGAGCGUUGGUGGGCGACGUUGUUGUCCUCGUUGGUAGUGGUAGCCGUGAUGGCUAGUGGCUGGCGCCGCCGGACGUUCAACAAUGGUCGCGCUCCCCUUUCCCGUCUCCCUUUUACACCCCCCGCCUCCACCCCCUCCCCUCGUGUCCCACCGACGCCGCCGGUCGCGUAGCCGUCAAACACCCCCGACUACUGACAGCUUCGAAUCGGACCCCACGUGCGAUUUUCACGCGCGAGAGACCCGACCGACGGUCCCUCACGUUCGCGACGCGUCGAUCUCUCAUCUCUCGGCAGCUGUUCCCCUUAUGAUUAAUUAAUAUCUGUUAAAUUGGAUCAAUUAAAUUGAAUCAGUUUUUGGUCACCUAUUUUUUACGCGAAAUGAUCCCCGAGAUUCUUUCCCACGUGAGAAUUUUAUGACUACAAAAGCUCUUUGAUUUAUCAAAAAAAUCGUUCCACGUGAAUUUAUUCGACGAUCGACAGACUCGUCGGAAUUCUUUCAUCUAUUUUCUUACUUAUAGUUUACAUAUAAACUGUCUCGGUUUUUAUUCUCCAAUUCUUUUUUUAAAACAACUUUUCUCGAGGAUAUCUGCGAGAUUAUCGUAAAAUGCAGGAUACAAAUAAACUCCCCGGAAGUUACGUUAGAAUUAUUAUAUGAAAAAUUGGAUAAAUCCGAGCGAUCGCGCGACGCUCGUAGCCGCCGCUAGUGCCGCUACUCCACUCGGGCAGCGAUUGCGCCGUACAAAUGCUGGAAGCGUCUGGCGGGUAUGCGCGGGGCGCCGGGGUGGGGCAAGGCUAUAAAAAGACGCAGGUGAGGGGCGGAGGCCAGUCGGCUUCGAUCCGUCAGAGCGAUCGUGCGUCUAAUUCUGGUCGACGGUCACGUUUCGGCCGCCUCGCCGUACUGUAGUUUUCGUAUACGUGCGACGAUCGCAUCGAACGUCAUCAUCGUCACGGCGCGCAGCUGUCGCUCGAGGAUGACGCGGCUGGUCGGCGAUACGAGGAGUAUCGGCACCGUGUGAUCUCCGCACGCGUGAUUUCACGCGCUCGCCUCGCCAGACGCAGAGUAAACGGAAGGGAAGAAAAAGGAAAACGCGUCGGAGCUCUAUCCCCCGCGGAGGAAAGAAGAGAUAAAACCCGAGAGGGAGGGGGGCCAUCCCGCGCGUCUCCGCUCCGCGCUCUUCACGUGCAUAUUUGCGCCUCUCGGUGUCGGUGUCGGACGGGCCCGGCGAUCGAUAAGGGGCGGGUGGUUGUGUAUGUGUGUGUGGGCGGCGGUGGCGCGCCGUCGUCGAAGAACGCGAAGCGAAUCUCCCUGAGAGUCGCCGGCGGUAGAGGUAGAGGCAGUGUGCUCUCGCGGACGGCGUCGACGGGGGCAGAGGAGAGCGCAACGAAAAUCCCGAAGAUCCGCCUAGGCGCCAGGAUCUUCUCGAUCGAUCUCCGGCGAGCGUCGACUGUUGACAUCCGACCGUCGCCGUCACCGAUACCCGGAUGAAGGCGAUGGUGGUGAGCCCGGUGAGCGGCCGCGUGCCGCCCAAUCAUCGCGGCGUUCUGCACAACGGGCUGGGGAUCGGAGGCGCCAGGCGCGACCUCGAGGCCGAGGAGGUCGCCGCUUACCUGACCAAGCUGCGCUCCCUCGUCCCGGACAUGCCGCGCAAGCGGAAGCUGUCCAAGCUCGAGGUGAUCCAGAGGGUGAUCGAGUACAUCUGCGACCUGCAGACCGCCCUGGAGGAGACCAACGCCGCGCAUCAGGACGCGAAGACGACGACGACGGCGACGACGAUGUCGACAACGGCGGCGACGGCGCCGGAGGCGACGGCGACGACGACGCAAUCGUCGAGACAACCCCUGCAACCCCUGCUGAACGCCGCCGCGUCGAUCGCCACGACGACGACCACCACCACCACCGUCGCGACGGUCGCCGAUCGGUGACCUGCCGGCCGGACCCGUUAGGGCGUCGUUGAGGUCGUCGCGUCGAGGCCACCCCCCUCGUGUGUGCGCGCGUGGAUCCGGUAGAUCCGCGGCUCCGCUCUUCGAAGAGGGACGACGUCCACCCCGCGCUGAUCUGACGUCACAAUCUGGGUCACGCUGGAGCCGCUGCUGGAGGUGCCGAUCGUCGCCCGGAAGAGAGAACGCGUUCGGGGACCAUCCGAGGGGCGCGCCUACGUCCGAAGACGAAGAUGCGCGACGGUGACGGAGAGAGAGAGAGAGAGAAAGCAGCGGAACACCCGCGCCGUUGGUUUUCCUCAAGCUCUGUCCUUCCCCCCUGCGAGGGGGAAAUUGUAAAUACAUUUGUAAAUACGCUCAUCGCAUUCCACACGAGAUCUCUCACGGUUAUAAGGAUUCGGCACGAACCCUCCUUCCCCCCUCCUCCUCCUCCUCCUUCUUUUACUCCCCCAGACAGCACCGUGUCCAAAAUCGAGACGUAAGACGUCUCAAAAGCGUCUUACAUCCCGAUUUUAGCCGUAAGAUCUUAUCAUUCCAAUUUUUUGGACCGACCGCGCGACGCCGAUCGAACCGAUCUCCGCUUUAUCACGGAGCGGCUCCGUUUCGCGAUCGACGGACUGGAAAGCAACGCGCGAGUCAGCGCUCGCGUGCCUCGACGAACUCUACCUGCGUGAAAUCGGGAAAACCAGAUCGAUUCGAGCCUCCCGAGGGACGAGCCCGUCCGGUUCCUCGACUUCUCCUCGUCGAUCGCUUCGCGACGCGACUUCGAGCGCGUUCGCGUGCACCGAGCGCACUCGAAACGUUCGUUACACUCGAGUCAUAUUAUCUAGCGCCCCGCCCAGCCAGUCUCCGCCGAUCGAUCGCCUUUUCUCGCGGAGGUCCUCCCCGGAGAAGAGCCUCCGUUCGUCCGCGUUCCUCGAACAGAGCGGGGACAAAACCGCGUGACGAUCGGCGAGCCUCGGAUUUCGAUCGAUGUAGAAUAUCGAGCACGACGCAGGAGGUGACGAUCGAUCGGAUGGGACCGGCCGCAGACUCGAGAUUCGUUUGAAAGGCGAUUCGACGAGGCCCCCGGUUAUUGUUUUCCAGUUUCCGCGCUCCGUCGCUGGUGUCCCUGAUUACUGUAUUAUAGUUAUCACUACGUCGUUGUUAUUAGCCUCUUAUAUUAUAAUUUAGACAGUGCUGACCCCUCCCCCCUUCCUUCCGCCUCUCAUCGACCCGCGUAAAUAUUGUAUAUUUGCAAAGACUGAAAGGCUGUAUAAGUACGUCAUUGCGCGGGCGUCCUGCACUCGACACACAUACACAUCAACACGAAAUAAAUGCAAGCUGUGUCUAUAUAA